CUUUGACACGUUGUCACGCUGACCACCAAAGGCGCCAAAUGUUAGUUCACCUUAUCUACUUCUAGCUCGUUAUUCAAUCGAACCUCUGGGGAGCCAUGGCUACUACCAUCCACACCAGAAUCACAAAUCUCGGCUUAUUCACCACCUCUCCAAAACCCAGUAGCGGCGCUCGUAGACCAGUGAGAUGCGAGGUCAGUGUGGCCGAGAAGGAUCGUCAGGUGGAGCUUAAGAAUGGGAAUGAUUCAUUGCAAAUAUGCAGAGUUUUGAAUGGCAUGUGGCAAACAAGUGGUGGGUGGGGGAGAAUUGACAGAGAUGAUGCUGUGGAGUCCAUGCUUAAGUAUGCCGAUGCUGGGCUUGGCACUUUCGACAUGGCUGAUCAUUAUGGUCCUGCAGAAGAUCUUUAUGGGAUCUUCAUCAAUCGAGUUCGUAGGGAACGUCCACCAGAGUUGUUAGAAAAUAUCAGGGGUCUUACCAAAUGGGUACCACCACCAGUUAAAAUGACGAGUAAAUUUGUUCGUGAUAGCAUUGAUGUUUCAAGAAAACGAAUGGAUGUUGCAUCCCUCGACAUGCUUCAAUUCCAUUGGUGGGAUUACUCUAAUUCUGGUUACCUUGAUGCUCUAAAGCAUCUUACCGAUCUCAAAGAAGAAGGUAAGAUAAAGACUGUUGCUUUAACCAACUUUGACACAGAGCGGUUGCAAAUUAUCCUUGAAAAUGAGAUUCCAGUGGUUAGCAAUCAGGUGCAACAUUCCAUUGUUGACAUGCGCCCUCAACAAAAGAUGGCUGAACUUUGCCAGCUCAUGGGAGUAAAACUCAUAACGUAUGGGACUGUAAUGGGUGGGCUAUUAUCUGAAAAGUUCCUUGACACCAAUUUAAAUAUUCCUUUUGCUGGUCCUCCUCUGAACACACCUUCCCUUCAAAAGUACAAACGAAUGGUUGAUGCUUGGGGAGGAUGGAGUCUUUUCCAGGUUUUGCUUCAGACGCUCAAUAAAGUGGCUUCCAAACAUGGCGUCUCCAUUCCAACUGUUGCUGUAAGAUACAUACUAGAUCAGCAAGCAGUGGCAGGAUCAAUGAUUGGUGUACGGCUUGGCCUUGCGGAACAUGUUAACGACACAAAUGCUGUGUUUUCUCUUGUUCUAGAUGAAGAUGAUGUUAACAGCAUUCAAGAAGUUACAAAGAAAGGGAAAGAUCUGCUUAGAAUAAUUGGUGACUGUGGGGAUGAAUACCGACGUGCAUAAGACUCUGAUACUUAGUGAAGCCAUAUAUUCUCGAUCAAUAUACAGUAUAUACAAACACAUAAUAUACUUUAUAAUUAAUAAUCGAGCAUUUUGUAUAUCUUAGACACUAAGAUCAGUAAGAUAAUCAGCAAGUUCAUGUUUCAAUAUCAAGUAAUAGUUUGGUUUGAUCAUAGGUUCUCUUACAAGCCAAUGAUGGCCUAUGGGUUGAUUUGAGGUUUGAACUGAAGUCAUUGCUGGAAGUGACAUAUAUAUUUAACAUUUGGUGGAUAUGGGGAGGCAAAUAGACUUCUUUUUCCUUC